GCGGCAACCGUCGGCGCUGCGCUGCUAGCUGCGACAGGGCGAAAGGAAGAGCCACGCGGAGAGCGUCGCCUGCUGCGAGUGCGGCGUUCGAAGAGCGAAGCGGCGGCGGCAGCAGCAGCAAACACCGGGCGCUGUCGUCGGCGGCGGCGUCGUUUGAGCGCGGCGCUCGCGCGGUCUCUCUUGCUGCUAGUGUGUGUGUGCGCGUGUGAGUGCGCCAAUGGCCGCCGACGCUGCUGCGUCUUGCCUGUGACUAUCGUCGACGUCGUCGGGGGGUGGUGGUGGCGGCGGAGGCGAGGCCAAGCGACUGCGGCGCCGCCCUGGUGCUCACUGCGGGCGACGUCGCCGAGCCGCCGCGGCGAUCCAAUAUGGAGCUGGUGCGGCGGUCCAAGAAUUUCAGCGUCGCCGAAAGCGACGCGCUCAUCACGCUGUGGAGUGACCCGGAGACGCAGAAGAAGUUCGACUCGGCCUACCGACACUCGGUCAUCUGGGAGAUGAUCGCCAACAAGCUGCGCAUGCACGGAUACGAGCGCUCGUCCAUCGACUGCAAGACGAAGAUUAACAACCUCAAGGCGACGUACUUCAAGUUUCGCAGGAUCUACAGCGCCGGUUACCCGGUGGAAUGGCCCCACUGGCAGAAGCUGCACGCCAUCUUGGGCAAGAGGCCGGUGCCGCACUCGUGGAACAACUACUACGACGACGAGCGCACCUCCGAGAGCAGAAUCAGCCGGACCGAGAAUGGCAGUAUGCAUUACGACGAGCCGGAGAUUGAGUUCCCAGAGUUCCGGGCUGGUGACUUGCAGUUCCAAAACCUGCAGCCGAUCAAUAGGCUUCCCAUCGCACCAAAGAGAGAGCCCAUCGAAGACAUCACUCUAGAGCCAGAGGUCAGCAUAUGCUACGAGAAUGACAAAUGCAACAACAAGCGCAAGUCGCGAGAUGACACCGAGGAAGAGUGUGACCAGGAUCCUCGGAAGAAACGCAAGGACGACGAGUUGGACCUCCUCCGAAGAAUCUUGAAGGUGGAGGAGGAGACACUUGAGCUGGAGAAAAAGCGGGCCCAGGAGGAGGCUGAGAUCAUGAAGGCUACCAUGAACUUCCUUGAGGCUGCCACCAACUUCAUGCAGCGCGAGAGAGCAGAAAGGCCCCGCACAGCACAAUCUUCGCAGGGCCCUUCUUCAUCUCGGCCCCAGACAUCAUCGGGGUCCUCCUACUGCAACGGCGUUGGUGGCUUGCCCGUUGUGGGUGCGCCACUCUACACUACACAGCCGUCCUUCUACUCCUCGUCUCCUGUAGACUCACCUGGCAAGACUGACCCGUGAGCUGACAGGGCAUGGCACCGCUCCCUGGGGUGACAAAAAGUAGGCGGCAGUUUUUACAUCGUAAAACGAAAAAGACUGCAGAGCAGUGUCAGCUUACUGGCUGCUCAAUUCUACCAGCCGCGAGAUGCGCCGAGGAUAGAGGAUAUCUGUGAGAGUGCCCCAUUCACUUGCCCCCACCCAAGGCUCCAGCGAACACAGUGCUAAAGGAGGUGUGCGUGGAAGGGCGAUGGUGAUGAAGGGUGACAUGCCUCCAGUCAAGCCCAACUAUUCUACCACCACCACAACAUAUACACAUGGUCGAAGAGGGCUUGUGGGGAUCGUGUACAGUGACUUUUCGCGUUUCAGAGACACCUGGACAGUCUCUUGAGAUGCCUUCCAGUCAUACCCAUGUGGCCACUGUGGGAAGCAUGGCCAAUUCUGUGCUGCAAUGGUCAGGCGAAGCAAAAAUGGCAGCUUAUGCGUUGACUCAUCGAGUCAUGGAUGACUGCACGUUUCGUGCGAUAACGCGUACUCUGCCUUCCUGUUUGUUUGUUUGACUGUUUGUUUGUGAUGUAUGUUUUUGAUGAGAACUAAGGCGUUUCAUUUGUGUCUCGUUUGCAGAAUAAGUCUGCUAGAGUACCAUUAACAGUGCUGAAUAGUUCCUGAGUAUGCACAUUGUCCUAUGGAUAUCGCUUCGCUGUGACCAUCGUAACGUGACCAUGUCAAACUGAAGAGGUUGGCAGUAUGAUAGAACUGUGUGGUAACAUUUAGCUUAACGAAAGUAUGCUGUGAAGAUAGGAUACUGUCUCUCAACUGUGCAAUGCUGUCAGGACUCAUCUGACACAAACUCUUUAAUAUGGAAUGGUGAUAUAAGCAUAUUGAUUAUGCUGCAAUAUGGAAGCAUAGUGUACACAAAAUCAAUGGUGAAUUUUUUGUAUUUAUUUAUUUGAUGCUGCCAUUUGAGCAGUUAGUUUAAAAAAGGCAUUACAGCGAAUGUAAUAUUUCCUAUUUCCAGAAGCAUAUAUGCUUCAUGAAUAUUCCUUAUUUUGUUACAAAAAAAUUGAAUUUCAAAUAGCAGAUUGCCAUCCCCGUGGACUUUAUUUUAAUAUUGAUUGAACAUGUAAACUCUUGCUUCAAGAAGAAUGCAUCAACAUUAGUCGAUUAAGUUUGUGAAGUCAGCAUUCUGCCUACAGGUUGUAGUCUGAGUGUCACAAUGAAAAGGAAACUGAUACUCUCUGCCCUAAAAUGAGUCAGUGAUAUAGAAAUUGGCAGAAUAUAUUCAGGCCAUUCAUUCUGCUAGCCUUUGUCACUGUCAUUUUUUAAUCCAUUGGUUUGCCUUGUUGGAAAGGAAAACAGCUGAAAGCAACUAUGAAAUUCCAUCUAAGCAGUUUGUCUAUCAGUAUUGUUUGAGAGAGCGGUGCCUAAUAUUUAAAAAGCAAUGACCGUAAUGAAAAUUUAUUAUUGACUGAACAAUGGCUGAAGAACCUGUAAUGUUCAUUUCUGUAUGAUAAUGCACGUGUUGUAGAGUAGAAACAUCAGUUGUAUUUUAACUUUUAGUCGAAUAUGUUCUUGCUUACUUCAUGAAAUUUAAAGCAUACCAUCAGGUGUAUACAUAUGCAUCAAAUGCACCUUUUAGAGGACAUUUCUUAAGGUAAUGGUUUGCCCUUUUUUUAGGGAAUACCCCUUUUUAACAAUAAAUCUCGUGUUGCUGAAUAUUUUUUUCUACUCUUGGCGAGAAAUGCAAAUAAUGUGAUCACACACAUUAGUUGCCAUUAGUUGCACAUGUGUUGACAGUUUAAAUGUGGCCUUCUGCUGAAUGUAGCAUUUCUUUGAAUACAUGGUAACUGCUAGAAUCAAAUGCUAAAAAAUAUUAUACUUUUUUCUUUUAAGUGCCGACUUUUGUUUUAUGGCAAUCAGGCAAAUAAAUGUGCAGCAUGAUAUAAUGUAUGCCAUAUUCACCUUCCACAAACAGUCAAGCUGGGCUUUUGAGAGGACAUAUGGUGAGACAAGUUUCCAAGCAAUGAUUCUCUAAUGUUGGGACUGCCAAACUCAUAAGAGAUGUCUGGUAUAAGCCACAUUUCUCCAAACCACUCUAAGUGGCUGGCACCAGGUGUACUGCGGCUCUGGGAUACCACAGAAAGACUGCCUUGAGUGUGUGUAGCUUAUCUUGUAGCCAGUAAUUUAUAUUAGGCAUGUCAACUUUCUAACAGGAAUCACACUGGGAGACUAUUUCAAUGAGCCAUUCUAGCAUAACACAAGUCGUUCGCGGGUGCGGUGAUUUCUUUCCUGAUGCUCUCAGAAUAAACAUGAUAUAUAUAAAUAGCUAUACAUGCAGUAAAUACUUAUAGAUGAUGAUGUUAUGUGUCUGCUUUAGCUGGUUUUAGGCAAUGCUUUCUUCCCCCUGAAUGCUAUCAGUAGCUUGCUGCUUGAGUGGUGAGCUGUAAUGGUCUGUAUCAACAUAUACUGUUGCCAUUGUUGUGGAAUGCCGUUGACAUUGAGUGAAAGAAUGGCAUUGAAGAGGACAGCCCCUUAGUAGGCACUCUGAGCCAGUCUAUUGCCAAGCUACCAAUUGUCUUCUUGAGAAAGCCUGUUUACCACAUGCUGCUUGUAUAUGCAAAAUGUAUUUGAAUUCAAGCGGUCUGGACACGACAUUGCUAACAUUUCAAAAGUUGUAUAAAAUGUGACGAUUUAUAUAGUUCAACAAGUUCGUUGGACUAUGUUUUGGGCUGGCCAGCAUUUCAAAGCUAGGUCUCGCUUCUUUUAAGUUUAAUGAAGGUAUCCCAUUCACAUUGCUUUACAGUUUGUUGCCACAGCAAAAAUUUAUGUUUUGAGAAAUGCGAACCACGUGUAUUUGCCAGAAUGUUUCUUUUACUGGUUAGAUCUCUCCACGUAGCCUUUUUAAUAAUUGUUUUCAUUGCAGUCUGGUAGAAUAUUUUUAUUUGUUUUUGUAAGCCAGCACAAGCCUGAGAACACCAUUUCAUUUUCUUUAUGGGACACUAUGUUCCAUGUUAUUUCUUUUGUGUAUGUGCUGAUAAAUGUUCCUUAUUUUUCAUGUUUUCUUGAAAAGGCAUGGUCAUGUAAAGCAACAUGCACUGCACUUCAUUUGAAAAUUUUUAACUGUAGGUAUCUGUGAAGAAAAACGUCAAAGCAGAUUUGUGGUUGCAAAGGCUUGCAGUAUGUUAACAGGAUGUGUAAAUAUUUAUUAGAGAUGUAAUGUGCCAGAAAAGUUGACAGUUACGAAUGGCAAUUUCUUCCGAUCUUCAUUCACAACACAGCGUUUCGGAGUGUGUAUAACCAACUAUUUCUUCGGCCCCUGUGAACAACUUAUGUGGUUUGAAAGUUGCGUAGUGUCCAGUGGUUGCCUCCAAGUCUGCCCGUGCUAUUCUUGAAAACCCUGCUUGCGUCGUUGGGCACUAGACGAACUUGCACUUGCGCACACACCUGUAUUGCUUGUUUUAUGCUUCCAAUAAGUAAACAAAGUUCUCUUUGCAAGUGUU